AUGUUUUCUGGCUAUUUUGUUCAACUUGGUUUUCAGUCCAGCAAGGCAGAUACAUCUCUCUUUAUUUCGUCUCAAGGUCAACAUCUUACUUUGGUUUUGAUUUAUGUGGAUGACAUAGUCAUCACCGGAAGUGAUUCUUCUUACAUCACAUCUCUUAUUCACAAGCUUAGGCAACGGUUUGUUAUGAAGGACUUGGGGACUCUCCAUUAUUUUAUGGGUAUUCAGAUUACUACUUCUUCUUCUGAUAUUUUCCUUUCUCAGUCCAAGUAUGCAACUGAACUUCUUACUAAAGCUGGGAUGACUGACUGUAAAGGUUCUAAUUCUCCUGCCUCUGUCAAGCCUGGGAUACCAGACUGUGAUUAUCCUUUGCAAGAUGUGUCUUUAUAUAGGACUUUGGUGGGUUCUUUACAAUACUUGACUUUGACAAGGCCAGAAGUUGCUUUUCUGUUAAUGUGGCCUGUCAACAUAUGCAUGCACCCAAACUUAGUCACUUCAUGGCAGUCAAACGUAUCCUUCGAUACAUCAAAGGAUCCAUCUCUCAUGGACUUCAUUUUGUUCAAGGCCCUUUCACCCUCACAGCCUUUGCAGAUGCUGAUUGGGCAGGGGAUCCUGUUGUUAGGAGAUCCACAACAGAAGCAGCACACAGUGGCUAGGUCAUCCACUGAAGCUGAGUAUAGGGUCAUGGCUCAAACAGCUAGUGAUUUAGUUUGGUUGCAACAAUUGUUUUCUGAACUGCAUAUCCCUUCUUCUACACCUCAUGUUCUGUGGUGUGAUAACAAGUCUGCCAUUGCUUUGGCAUGUAAUCCUGUCUAUCAUGCUAGGACUAAGCACAUAGAGAUCGAUUACCAUUUUAUACAGGCUCAAAUAGCAGAUAUAUUCACCAAGGCUUUAUCUGUAUCAAGGUUUCAGCUUCUCAAUUCCAAACUCAUGGUAGCUAACCCUCCCAUGCGUUUGCAGGGGAGUGUAAAGGAGAAUGACACAGAGAAUCCGAGCUCCACUUCAACUCAUCAAAAUUUGCAGGCCACGUCAGCAACAACUUUAGUUAACUAA